AGUUGUUGAUGUGUCCAGUCCUAUGUGUCCACUAUUCUUUUAUGUUUAAAAUUAAUUUUUUUACGUUGUAACUCUAAAAUAGAAGGAAGGUGAAGAUAUUAGAAGGUCACGCAGAAGGUGAAGAAAGUAGAAGGUCAAGCAGAAGGCGAAGGUGCUCGUAGACGACGACGGAGCUGAAGGCGAAGGUGCUCGUACACAAGAGCAUUGCUGAGGUCAAUCUGGACAUGGAUGAGUUUUAUGUUGAUUUCCAUCAUGGGGGAUUUUUCGCCGGUGAUAAGUAUGAACAAGGGGAAGUGUCGAACUGGAAAUGUGAUGCUGAUAAAUGGAGUUACUUUGAGAUUUUGGGGGUUGUUAAUGAGAUGGGAUAUCCAGGGGUGCUUGAAAUUUGGUACGACUUUGCUGGGACAUUGAAAGCGUUAGAAGAUGACUAUGGUGCUAUAGAAGCACUGAACUGGUCUAAGACAAAUGGAAAAGUUGAUAUAUACAUUGUUCACCCUAUAUCCCAACCUGACAUAGUGGCCCAACCUGAAACAACUGAGGUCCCACCUGAAACUGAGGUCCCAGCUGAAACUGAGGUCCCACCUGAAACAACUGAGGUCCCACUUGAAACAACUGAGGCCCAACCUGAAACAAAUGAGGCCCAAUCUGAAUCAAAAGAGGCCCAACCUGAAACAAAUGAGGCCCACUCUGAAACUGAAGUAGGUGAAGUAACUGACAGGGACAUAAUAGAAGGGUUUUAUGACUCAGCUGAUGAGAUUUUAAAUGAUGGAUUUGGAGAAUUGUUAGUUGGAGAAGGGUUCAUAGCUGGCCAGAAUGAUCAACCUCUUGAUGAACUACUGCCAGAGGAGACAUCUAAAAAAAGGAAGAGGACUAAUGGAAGACCAAAGAAAAAAAAAGUGGUAGUGGAACUCCAAAAAAGGCAAGUUCAGGAAGCUUAA